AUGAACGUAGAAGCCAGUUCAUCGUCCCAGGGCGCCCAGAGACAGCCGAUUCCGCUCGAAUUCCUGAUCAAUGGGACCUAUUUGCGAACCUCGAUCGACGAGUAUCUGACCGCAAAUGGCAUCUCAGCCGAAACGACACUCGAGGUUGAGUAUGUUCGAGCGCUUAUUCCGCCUUUGCAUGUUGCUUCCUUCUUGCACGAUGACUGGGUGAGCUCGGUGGAUGUGCUGUCGGCGACCUCGAGGGCGGCAUCUGCAGAGUCUGUUCCAGCGGGGCGAGAGAAAAUUCUAUCGGGGAGCUACGACGGCUUGUUAAGGGUGUGGAAUAUGUCUUCUCAGACUAUCGCUGUGUCGCCCUCUGCAGCUGAUGGAGGCCAUACCGCUUCUAUCAAGGCGUCGAAAAUCAUAUCUCCCACUCAGUUUGCUUCAGCGGGCCUCGACCGAACGGUGCGCUUGUGGAAGUAUUCUGAAGACGAAGAUGGGUUUUCUGGACAGAUUACCCCCCAGCUCGAGCUUUAUGGACAUAAAUCAGGCGUGAACUCACUCGCAGUGCAUGCGCCAUCCAGCCGCAUCCUCUCAGCUUCAUCAGAUCAUACCGUCGGGUUCUGGUCGACGAAAAAGUCUGACGCUCCAGCUGCCCCCGCAGAACUCCUGCCUUCCAGCGCUGCAAGAGGCUCUAAGCGACGGAAAUUGAAUUCCUCCGUAAGCACUCCGCAGCGUGGUCCGCUUGCAUUGAUGUCGUCCCAUACCGGACCUGUCUCGGCUGCAAUCUUCGACGCCAAGGACUCGACAGUCGGGUACUCGACAUCAUGGGAUCACACACUCCGCACAUGGGAUCUUGUCACCUCUGCUCUGGUCGACACACGUACUACCUCCCAUUCCCUCCUGUCCCUCGAACAUCUGCCCGAAUUGCACCUCCUAGCGGCAGGAACGUCUGCUAGGCAUAUCACACUCAUUGACCCUCGUGCAUCCGCCACGACAGUCUCCGCGAUGACUCUGCGUGGUCACACCAACGCGGUUGUGACUCUUGCGCGUGACCCGCAAAGUUCUUACGGAUUGAUCAGUGGUAGUCAUGAUGGUACAUGCCGAAUCUGGGACGUGAGAUCCACCAAAACCGAGAAAGACGGAGUUGUCGGUGAGAGUAUCUACACGAUCCCACGAAAGAGCUUAGAGGAGGAAGGCAAAGAGGGAAUGAAACGAGUAGGCGGAGAAGGAGUCAAGGUAUUUGGCGUUUGCUGGGACCGCACUGUGGGCAUUGUCAGUGCGGGCGAAGAUAAAAGAAUACAAAUCAACCGUGGAGAAGGCGUGCUAUCCACGACAGAGGCUACCAAGAGAUAA